AACAUAUAGUGAAAAUAGUUUACUUUUUCCGUUUAGAGAGCAUAUCUUAUGAUCAAAAGAGGAACAGAAUGAGCAGAAAAUGGAAUCCCACGCUGUGGAGCAAGACUUUCGACCAAAUGUUGAAAGAAAAGUUGGGCAAUGAUGACAGCUGGGAAUUUCGGUCCAACAACAGCCUGGAAGAGAAUCUCUCUGAUGAUGAGAAGAGCUUGGGGUGGAAGAUCUCCAGCUGCCGCUCUGCCCACGGAACAUUCAGGUGUGGUACCUGCCGCAGAAGCUGGCCAUCGGCCCGGGUUACUCUUCUCUUCCACUACCGCCUGCGCAGCGAGGCAGCCCGGGGUACGGUGAUCAUGCGACCCUUCGGACAGGCGUGCCGGGGCUGCAGUGGGAACUUUCUGCUCCCAGAGUUCUCCACAGAGGAAGUAGAGAAGGUCCUGCUCAAGCUGAUUGGCAAGAUCAAGAAGAACUGCUACGGUGAAGAGGAAGAGGACAACAGCGAUUCCUGCUCCCCUGAGAAAGUGCGGACGAAGCCGCAUGAGAGUUCACUGUGUGAGGCCUGUAGUCAGGGGAUGUGCCGUGUGGAAGACUAGUUUCCGCAGAGCCUAGUCUAGGAACUGGGAAAGGAAACAUUGUGAUUACCUCAGGAGCCCCAACAGGCAACAUGAGUCGCCCUAUUAGUUACCUGAGACACAUAAUUAAAAAAAAAGAUUUUUACAUUAAAAAGAAACAAAAAUGCCUCUAAAUCAAUAUAUAUAUUUUUAACCAAUGUAAUAUGGAGGAAAAUAUUUAUUCAAAGUGAUAUUGUAUUGUCUACGUUUGGAACCAUAUGUAUAUGUGGAGAUGUGGGGGGGGGUGGGUGGCAUGGUUAUGGCUGUGGGCGGAGAUAAGGGGGGAGGAUAUUAGAUAAUCGGGGCUAGCCUUUAUCUGUUUGCAUGGUGUGAGAUUGGGGACUCUGAGAUGAGAGAGAGAGAGAGAGAGAGAGAGAGAGAGAGGGCCGACACAGGCACAAUCAGUGCACAAGCAAACAGGCUGAGACAGAAAUUAAUUUCCUUUUGUAUUGUACAUAUUACAAUCAACAAAGGGAGGAAUUCUUUGAAAAUAUAAACAUUAUUUUCCCCAACAUCCAAAAUAUGAGUGACAAUGAAAAAUUAUAAUUAUUAUUUUAACCUUGUACUAAAGAUAUUUGUUUAUAUUAGAAUAAUUGUAAUAUUGUUUUUUGU